UUGUGUUUAGUUCCCAGAGACAGUCAAAUCGGAUUCCUUUGGGAAAGGACACAAAUCACUCCCGUUUGAACAAGGGGAACAGCGAGGGAGCUGUCUCCACAAGGGUCCACCUCUCGUGGUUGAUUUCAUAUUGCUCAUUCAUGUGAUUUGAUCAGAGAAUACUCUUUGUGGAGAAAGACAGGAAAGGAAAGGAGGAGAAAAUAAAGAAAGAAAAAAAAUAGUCUCUGGAUGAUGACAUUUGAUCUAACCCUCAGCGAAGCCCGUUCUUGAUCCUAUUGUUUCUUAAAGUGACAUUAGACUUUUUUCCCUCUUUCUCUCUCUCCCCCGCGCGCUAGACCGAAGGGACCUCCGGUUUAAUCUUGCAGUUUUUGGUUUGUUUGUUUGUUUAUUGUUGUGCGGUGUUCCCAAACCUGGAUGUUGACAUCUCGCGUUUCUUUUGGCACGUCGGUGUAUUUUCGGUUUCACAGAGGAAGCGCUAAUAGAGACAAACGCGGUGACACCUGCUCACCCGUACUCCUCUCCUUGUCUUUUUUUAACGGAGCGAUCAAAAGAAGCAAGCAGCGACUGAGACGGUGACAGGAGUCUGUUUUCAUGUUCGGGAUUCAAGACAGCAUUCAAAGGAGCGGGAGUAGUAUGAAAGAGGAGCCCAUCGGUGCCGGGAUGAACGCUGUCCGGACAUGGAUGCAGGGCGCCGGAGUGUUGGAUGCGAACACAGCCGCUCAGAGUGGAGUGGGUCUUGCUCGAGCACACUUUGAGAAGCAACCUCCUUCAAACCUUCGUAAAUCCAACUUCUUCCACUUCGUAUUAGCGCUAUACGACAGACAAGGACAACCCGUGGAAAUUGAAAGAACAUCUUUUGUUGGAUUUGUUGAAAAAGAAAAGGAAUCUACCGGAGAAAAGACAAACAAUGGGAUCCAUUACAGAUUGCAGCUCCUUUACAGCAACGGCAUCAGAACAGAACAGGACUUUUAUGUACGCCUGAUUGACUCCAUGACCAAACAGGCAAUUAUCUAUGAAGGGCAAGACAAAAACCCAGAGAUGUGCCGGGUGCUGCUGACGCACGAGAUCAUGUGCAGUCGCUGCUGUGACAAGAAAAGUUGUGGGAAUCGUAAUGAGACGCCCUCUGACCCGGUCAUUAUCGACAGGUUUUUCCUGAAAUUCUUCCUCAAAUGUAACCAGAACUGCCUAAAGAAUGCAGGGAACCCACGAGACAUGCGACGCUUUCAGGUGGUUGUGUCAACGACGGUCAGUGUGGAUGGACACGUCCUGGCUGUGUCUGAUAACAUGUUUGUUCACAAUAACUCUAAACAUGGACGCAGAGCUCGCAGACUGGACCCGUCUGAAGGCACUCCAUCAUACCUGGAACAUGGUGAGUCUACUCCUUGCAUUAAGGCCAUCAGUCCCAGUGAAGGCUGGACGACAGGGGGUGCAACAGUCAUCAUUAUUGGUGAUAACUUCUUUGAUGGCCUACAAGUCAUCUUUGGCACCAUGCUGGUCUGGAGUGAGCUCAUAACCCCUCAUGCCAUCCGAGUUCAGACUCCCCCGAGACACAUUCCCGGGGUUGUGGAGGUCACUCUGUCCUACAAGUCAAAGCAGUUCUGCAAAGGUACACCAGGCCGAUUUAUCUACACAGCACUGAAUGAACCCACUAUUGACUACGGUUUCCAGCGGCUACAGAAGGUGAUCCCUAGACACCCGGGCGACCCUGAGCGCUUACCAAAGGAGGUGAUUCUGAAGAGGGCUGCAGACCUGGUGGAGGCUCUAUAUGGGAUGCCACACAAUAAUCAGGAGAUCAUUCUGAAAAGAGCAGCAGAUAUCGCAGAGGCUCUCUACAAUGUCCCGCGUGGACACAACCAGCUGCCAGGUCUGACCAACAGCUCAGUCCACUCCGGCAUGAUGGGAGUCAACUCUUUUCACAGCCAACUCGCUGUCAAUGUGUCCGACUCCACACAAGCAGCCAACCAGGGAUUCAGUCGAAACACGAGCAGUGUGUCCCCUCAUGGUUACGUACCCAGCACAACCCCCCAGCAGAGUAGCUACAGCACUGUCUCUACCAGUAUGAAUGGAUAUGGCAACGCAGGCAUGACCACGCUGGGAGGAUCACCAAACUUCCUCAAUGGCUCUGCUGCCAACUCUCCUUAUGCCAUUGUUCCUUCCAGUCCCACCAUGGCCUCCUCCACUAGUCUUCCCUCCAACUGCAGCAGUUCCUCAGGCAUCUUCUCUUUCUCUCCGGCCAACAUGGUGUCUGCAGUCAAACAAAAGAGCGCAUUCGCUCCCGUCGUGCGGCCCCAGGCCUCACCGCCACCAACCUGCACCAGUGCCAAUGGAAACGGCCUCCAAGUAGAUCAAUCUUUUGUGGACUCUAGCAAGUACUCGACCGCCAGCUCCCUGCAGGGACUGGCCUUCUCCUGAAUGAUCCCAGGGAUGAUUGUUCCUCCAAUGUAGGGGCUCCUGGGCUGCUGAAGAGGCACAUUUGAUUUCAGCCCCGGCCAGAGAAUCUACGCUCUUGAGCCGAAGGCAAUUUCUUGGCGGAGGAGACAUGAAAACUGAACUUUUUAAAACUCAGGCCUUUUGACAUAGGAAUCUCAUUUUAUGGGAAGAAAGUGUUUGUUUGCGUUCGUUUUUGAGCUCAUUUCUGGACAGCCCUUGCGAAGGACUUGUGGAAAACAGAGGGAAGGAUCGUUUCAUUCAUGGGCUUUUUUCGUUUUUUGACUAAUUCAAUGAUCACAUGCCUUUUUUACAGACUUUCUCACACAAUUGUGACACUUUAGGAGCGGUUGAAUCCACGAUGUUCCUGAGAGCAGCACAGAUCUCUGUUAAUACUGACCAGUUUUUUAUAUAAAAUGAGAACAUUAGGCCAAUCUUUUGAAUGCAGAACAGAAGACGGGAGGGAAGCCAACAAACAUUUUUGCCAUAAUCUUGCUUGUUUUCUCACUAAAUGAAAUUGUAGCGCCAUAUUCACUUUUUAAUCAUUUUUUUUUUUUAAGCGAAGAGUCAUAUGAAGCAUCUGGGUACCAGCCGGUUUGGAUGGCUACGAUGAAGGAAAGCUAUUUAAGAGUUAUUAAAUGCUGUCAUGCUGUAAUUUUUCAAUGUUCAGAUCCGUCCUCAAAGAGAAGAAGAAAAAAAGCGACCCAAUUUCUACAAGAAAUCAGUAUUUAUGUUCAUGCAAAUAUUUGCUGCUAAAUAGAGCAGAGAUAUGCAGUAAACAGAUGGACUGGAAGGAAUAAAAGCCUUCAGUUGCCAUGCCAUUUAAGUUUUGGUUUUAAAUGUGUGCUCAAGGAAUGUGAUUGAUUUUAUUAUUAAUAUUAUAAUUAUUUUAAAAUUUCGCUUUGUCUUUGAAAACAAUUGAAACUGUGAUAUCAAUUUCUAUGUGUUUGGUUUGCUGUGUUCGCUAGUGAAGGAUAUAGGUUAAAUGAAGUAUAUUUGAGAGCCGACUGUUUGAACAACCCUUUUUUUUAUUUGAUUUUUGUGUGUGUGUGUGUGUGUGUGUGUGUGCUUGUUUUUGGGGACAUGACUUGAAUUAGUGAUGAUUUUUUGUUUUAAGACAGCACUGUAUGAAGAACGCUUUCCUAAUGUGUCAAACACCCAACCUACAGCAGUCUGAUUGGCUCACUUUGGUAGUCGUCUGUUUUUGUACAUAUAUUUUCUGUUGCCAAAGUCUUCGUUUUAUUUGUAUUGAUAUCAGAAUGGCUCAAGGCAGCUCAUAAUAACACUGACGAUGGUUCAUUGCAUAGGUUACACCAUAAAAUCUUCGGCAAACACCAAUCAUGGAUUUUUUUGGACAAAAAAGAGGGGAGUCUCUGUAAAAUAUCCAUAUAAAUAAUGUAUGUAUAUCCAGAUUUUGUAUAUUGAUUUUCUCCCUGAUUUUUUUUGGGAUUGUGGAAGUUUUUUUUUGUGAUGAUUUGUCCAUUUGUCCUCUUUCAUCAUCUGCCUUGUGUUUAUUAUUGUAGGUCUAUGUUUUGUAUCAUGUCAAGCUUCCAUUUUUUAUUUUAAGUUCUAUUCAUAAAAAAGCCAUUGUCUAUUUUUGUAUAAUUUGUAAGUUAAAAAGAAAUUUGUUUUUUUCUUUUUGGAAUUUUUGUAAUGUAUGGCAAAAAGUAGCAUCUCACAGCAUUUAGUUAUGUAGAUUUUUUAAAAAGUUAUAUAUAUAUAUAAAUAUAAAUGAUGAAUAUAUAAAUCUAUAUCUUUUCUUUCUACAGAAUCUGUAUUAUUGUAAUAAUAAUAUGCAUGGGCUCUUCUCUGAGAGUGAUGGCUUUUACUUUGCGUGUCAAACCUUAGAAGGACGUUUCUGAAGUUUUUACUUUUUAUUUUGUCUUUCCUUUACUCUUUUAUUUAUCUGAUUAUUUAUGCCUGCGUAUAAAUCCGUCUUUCCUAUUUCCCUCUCUCUCUCGCUCUCUCUCUCUCUCUCUCUCUCUCUCUCUCUCUCUCUCUCUUUCACGCAUAUCAGUACCAGCAGUAUAGAUGCCUUAACAAUGCAAACCCAUAAAUGUACAAUGACUUGUACAGUCUUCACAACCACCACCACCAAUAGCAGUAGCCACAGAGUUCCUUAAAGGGACAGUUCACCCAAAAAUGAGCAUUUGCUGUUUAUUUACUCACCAUCAGGUCAUCCUAGAGGUUCUAUUUUUUCCUCAGUGGGAAAUUAAAGAAGAUUAUUAGCUGAAACCAGUGUACUCUAUGAUUCAUAAAAUGCAAGUCAACUUUUAGGGUCUAUAUAUAUAUCUGUAUCAGAAUUCCAGUAUCGUGACAACUCUUAUAUAUAUAAACACACACACACACACACACACACAUAUAUAUAUUAGGGUUGUAAUGGUACUGGAAUUUGAUACCAGUCGGUAAUGAAAUUAAAAAAUGUCUGUUUCCCAAGAACAUUUAAGAACUGUUGCACACAUUUUUAAACAGUGCUGAUUUGCCAUUGUGUUCACAUGCUUAACAGAAAUGACUGUGAUUAGACGUGAAGGUCAACGGUUUAUCGAGCUCACAGCUGUUUACUGUAUGUAACCACAGACAUAGAAACACUGGAGAGUUUUAAAGUUAUGAUUCAUCCGCGGAUUGCUCGGAUGUCAGUUUACAGAUAAACCAGCUGACUGAUUAGACUUUGAAAUGCUCCAGUGUCUUUUUAUCUGUAGUUACACUCAGCAAACUGCGAUGAGUUCGGUGAGCUGAUGACCUUCACGGCCAAUCACAGUUUGUUUUGUUGAGCACAUGAACACAACGGCAAAUCAGCAGUUUAGGAACAUGAUCAGCAGCACUCAAAUGUUCGCGGAAACAUGGACCUUGUUAAAAUUUCAGUACCGAUUGGUAUCGAAUUCCAGUUUGUGUGUGUGUAUUUAUAUAUAUAUAUAUACACUCUCAGAAAUAAUGGUACGCGAGCUGUCCAUAUUAAUACCUCAAGGGUACUUAUUAGUACCUAAAAAGUACAAAAGUGUUUUAAGGUACAAAUAUAUUCUUUUGAGGUACCAAUAUACCCUUCAAGUACAAAUGUGUACAUUUUGAAAACGCACCACCCCAGUGACAGCUUGCGUAUCUUUAUUUCUGAACGUGUAUAGACAUUAUUACCUUCAAUCAACACAGAGUGAGCUCUUGUUGUAUAAUGAUGUGUGAAUGCAAACUCAAACACUGUUUGUUUACAUCUUUUUAUAAAGAUUGCAGUAUCCAGGAUAAGCACAAGUACUAUUUUGAUUAACAAUACAAAAACAGGUAUCAUCCAUCUCUGUUGUAAACAAACAGCGUCUGCUCACAAGUUUGCAUUAAACAUUAUGUGUGCAGUUUCAACUUGAAAAACAUCUUUACCAUUCUACUGAUGAAAAAUAGGCUCCUGCAUCUUUAACAGGUGAACAUUUUUGGGUGAACUUUUCAUAAAAAGCACAAAAUGGUCUGUUAACUGAGGAGAAUUAAAUAAAUUUGUCUUUGUUGUUGUUGUUUGUUUAAUGAAGAAUCAUGAAAAGGGAAUUUGAAGGAAUAUAAAGAGUCUUUAUGAUUUGCUUGUGGGAUGGGUUGCACUUUCUUUCAUUUAAAGCAAAAGGCUGCCUCUUUUUUGUUGUUGUUGUUGUUGGUUUAUGUCUGCUAUGUUCACGAUGGGGUGAAGCUCAAAGCCAUAUUCAGCAUUGUCACCUUUCGUUCGCUCUUUGGCUGGAGGUGCAUGUGAAGCUGCAUGUUCUGGGUCGUGGGAUGUUGUUCACUCUUUAAGGUACCGCUGAUGUAUUUCUCACCCUGAAUAAAGUGACUCUAUCAGAGCACAAGGCCUUGCCCUCGGAGCUGAGGUGCUGAAUCCCAGUCUUUAACGCUGUGACUCUGUGCGUUUAAUUCUACUGUCAGCCGAAUCGGCCCUUGAUGAUCGGUCUUCAGGCUCUUUUUUUUUUCUCCUCACCUAAUGUGUGUCUGCAAUCUGCCAUCGAACAAAAAUGGCUUUUAAUAUGCUGAUUUAAAGUUUGUAUGAGGACUUUUUAUCAGAAAUGACUGAUGAUUGAAUAUUCAACAUGAUUUCUUUUCCAUAAUUGAAAAAACAUUUGUUACUUUUGCUGUUAAAAUGGACUCAUAAAAGGACAAGCAUUUGAUAGGACACAAGACUCGAACCAAAAAAAGCUGGUCUCCUUUUUUCUGCCUCCUAUUCUUGUGUUUUUUGUUUAUUUGUUUGUUUGUUUGUUUCUUCUUCUUUUGUUUUUUUCUUUUUUUUGACUGGAUACACCCUGAACCGUUCUAUUGAUAGGAAAACUCAAGACAAAAACUACUGUAUAGAUUGUUAUCAUUUUUGAUGAAAGCUGUAAAAUAACUUUUCAAAGUUCACAAUAUUAAAUUAAAGUUACUUCUUGUCUGUGAA